AAAGACAGCAGAAGUCUGGUAAGGAAAAGCCCGUGGGCAUUUGGUUAGAGUGAGAGAAGCCCUAAUCAGACAAAACCAAAAAUCCCCAAUCGUUGUGUUCCGAGCGAGAGGGAGCCAUGAGAGGCCUUGUGUGGAGCACGAAAGCGUUUGCUCGGAAGUUGCUGUUCCAUGGAAUUGGAAGGAACGCUCGUUCAUACAGUCUCGUCCCAAUGGUGAUCGAACACUCUUCCCGAGGAGAGAGGGCUUACGACAUCUUCUCGCGCCUUCUGAAGGAGCGCAUUAUCUGCAUCAACGGACCCAUCUCCGACGACACCGCUCACGUCGUCGUUGCGCAGCUCCUCUUCCUCGAAUCCGAAAACCCUUCCAAACCCAUCCACAUGUACCUCAACUCCCCCGGUGGCGCUGUCACCGCAGGGCUUGCUAUUUAUGAUACAAUGCAGUAUAUUCGAUCUCCAGUCAAUACAAUUUGUUUGGGUCAAGCUGCAUCAAUGGGUUCUCUCCUAUUGGCUGCUGGUGCCAAGGGUGAGAGGCGAGCGCUUCCAAAUGCAACGAUCAUGAUUCACCAGCCUUCUGGUGGUUAUAGUGGCCAGGCAAAGGAUAUUGCAAUUCACACCAAGCAGAUUGUUCGGGUUUGGGAUUCCUUGAAUGAGUUGUAUGCCAAGCAUACGGGCCAGUCGGUUGAGGUUAUUCAGACAAACAUGGACAGGGAUAACUUUAUGACUCCCCAGGAGGCCAAGGAGUUUGGGAUCAUUGACGAGGUUAUCGAUCAGAGACCCAUGACUUUGGUUUCUGAUGCUGUUGGCAAUGAAGGCAAAGAUAAAGGUUCGAAUUAGAACCCGAGGGAGGGUAAGAUUUCUUUGCGGAAUCCUUGCUGUAUUUAAAUGCUUUGCCUGUCACACCUUAGGUAUAAAUUGCAGCUGAUAUAAUUUUAUCAACUGAACAUAACCUUUGUCACAUUUGGUUGUUAGAUUUGUCCUUUAAACUUCAGUCUUGUGCUCCAUUGUUUUUAUUGGCAUAUUUUUUGUCGCACAGAUUUUGAACUUCAAGUACCUUUAUUUUGAAAUAGCUAAUUAUCCACAAAUAAUAUCAGAUGAUUGUUUCAGUCA